AGGCUAACAUAGAGGAAAUUAGUUGCUCAGAAGACGAGGUCAAUAAUUCCUAUUUCAAAUCAAGAACAGAACAUUCUUAAAUAUUUGUUCCUCUUAAUCUAUUGCCAUAUGUAAAUUAGCAACAAACCCUUCAAUCAAAUAACACUAAUUGGCUUUUAAUUUCCAACCAGAGGAACCCGCAAACCAUGCUUUAGCUAUCGUUGAAUUCAGUUCUUAAACUUUCUCAUCUGUACGAAAAUGCGAAGAAAAAACUCAGACAAACAAAUAAAUAGACAAUGUGAGAGAAAAAAUUACAAGACAUUCUUGUAAAUAAAAAGAUACAUAUGGCUCAACUUGAUCCACUACAAAGAUUUUCACACACAUCCAAAAGUUCUCCCAAGUCCAAUUCAACAACUUUUGAACAAAUUUCACCAGGAAAUGGAAGGAGUUGGUUAACAAGUACAUCACCAACGGCUUAUUGUUUUGACCAAGAAGAAUAUACACCAACUCAUGGCAAGAAAUCAGUUAUCUCCAAAGUGAAAGAGAAGGCUAAAAAACUCAAACACACUUUCAGUGGCAAGAAGAAGUUGCCUGAAACUGACAUUCAUGAUGGCAGAUGGCCUGGUAUUAUGUUGGAUGACAAUGAUGAAGAAGACGAAGAUCCUGAAUAUCUUGGCGCGCCAAUGUAUGAAUCAGAACAAGCACCUGAGCCAUAUAAAGAGGCGGCACGACAACAUCCACGAGCAGAUCCAGUGAUAUCCGAGAAGAGUGUUACUCCCAGAAGCAUCAAGCGCAAUCAGGUCACUGAACAUGACAAUACGGAGAUAUUACCUGAUAGCCCAAGUAAAACCAUAACAGAAACUGUUACGGAGAAAUUGGCACCAGCUUAUGCUGCAGUAUCUGAUGCAACACACGCUAUUGCUUCUAAGUUCUCGAACCUCACUCUAACAAACAACGAUAACCAAGUAUCUGAGAUCCAAAACGCGCCCAAAGUUGGUCAAUUUGCUGAUCAGAAAAAUGUGAAUAAACUGGGACAAAAUGUAGAUCAGAAUGCUGAUGCUCUUUCAAGUCCAACACAAAAAUGGGACAAAGGUGUAUCUGUUAAGGAGUACUUUGUCGAAAAGUUUGAGCCUGGUGAAGGCGAAAAAUCACUUUCACAAAUCAUAACUGAAGUUAUGAGCCCCAGACAAUCAGCUUCUCGCGAUACAGGUAUAGUGGAGAAAAUGAAGGAGGCUGUAACUUCAUUUAUUCAGCUUGAUGAUUCCCCUAAAUCGGCCAAAAAAAGCAUCAAAGCAUCAUUAGCUUCCAAUAAUCCAAUUUCUACAAGUGACAUUUUGUCUCCUAAGAACGUGAUUAUCUCAACUAAUGACAAUUUGCCUCAGGAUAAUCCCAUUUCUAUGCCUCAUAAGAGUCUUUUAUCUACUAACAACAAUGAACCUGCAUCAUCAUUGCAAAAUCCUGAAUUCCACAGCGCAAGAUCAUCACCACUCAUUCCUAUUUCCAGCACCGAUGAAGUUGUUGAGGAACAACGCCAUGGAAGAAUUCUCCAACCAAACUGAAAUUUAAGACUGGUUACAGAUAGCUCCAAAUAAAGAAUCAAUCUAUAUAUACUGAUUCUAAUUUAGUUUUGUGUAUUUUGUCAAAAUAAAUACUAAAAGACAUCUGUUUUUUUUUAAAAAAAAACAAAGUUAGGGAUUGCACGACGGACUUGAGCAUUCUCCUGCUCUAUGAGCCCUCCCGAACUAGAGUUGGGUCUGCUUGAUGCUGUUAAUUCAGUAGGAAAAGUUUGUCGAGUUGGUAGAUUUUCUAGAAAUGUUGCUGCUACACAUGAGCAACGCGUUGUGUUUUCUCAUUAGUGUUGAACAAAUACUGAGACUACAUUUUAAGAUUUUAGAUUUUGUAAGAAAACUCUAUACGUACAUUUGUAUCCUUGUAGAUCAUGUAUGUUAAUGUAUUGCAUAUUAUGUAAUAUGUUGUAUCUCUCUGGAUGUGGCAAA